CGCGCUGGCCGCGCAGCACUCCGGCCGGCCCCGCGCGCCCUGCGACCCUCCCCAGCGCCGCGCCCUCUGCGAGCACAGGACCCGGCUCCGCAGCCCCGAGCCCUCCACGCCGCUUCCCUGCAGCCGCGCCCUCGCCGGCCUGGGCCCCCGGAGCACCCGCCUGGGGCGACAGUUCCCCGAGGCCGUCCAGCCGGUGCGGUCCAUCAGUCCGUCGAGUCCGUCGCGUCGUGCCCGGUGCCAUGCCAUUCCUCGGGCAGGACUGGCGGUCCCCCGGGCAGAGCUGGGUGAAGACGGCCGACGGCUGGAAGCGCUUCCUGGAUGAGAAGAGCGGCAGCUUCGUGAGCGACCUCAGCAGUUACUGCAACAAGGAAGUCUACAACAAGGAGAAUCUUUUCAACAGCCUGAACUAUGAUGUUGCAGCCAAGAAGAGAAAGAAGGACAUGCUGAAUAGCAAAACCAAAACUCAGUAUUUCCACCAAGAAAAAUGGAUCUAUGUUCACAAAGGAAGUACUAAAGAGCGCCAUGGAUAUUGCACUUUGGGGGAAGCUUUCAACAGGUUGGACUUCUCAACGGCCAUUCUGGAUUCCAGAAGGUUUAACUACGUCGUACGGCUGUUGGAACUGAUAGCAAAGUCACAGCUCACGUCCCUGAGCGGCAUCGCCCAAAAGAACUUCAUGAACAUUUUGGAAAAAGUGGUACUGAAAGUCCUCGAAGACCAGCAGAACAUCAGGCUCAUCAGAGAGCUGCUGCAGACCCUCUACACGUCCUUGUGCACGCUGGUGCAGAGAGUCGGCAAGUCUGUGCUGGUCGGGAACAUCAACAUGUGGGUAUACCGGAUGGAGACGAUUCUGCACUGGCAGCAGCAGCUGAACAGUAUCCAAAUCACCCGGCCCGCCUUCCAAGGCCUCACCCUCACCGACCUGCCCCUGUGCCUCCAGCUGAACAUCAUGCAGAGGCUGAGUGACGGCCGCGACCUGGUCAGCCUCGGCCAGGUGGCCCCCGACCUGCACGUGCUCAGUGAGGACCGGCUGCUGUGGAAGAAACUCUGCCAGUACCACUUCUCCGAGCGGCAGAUCCGCAAGCGAUUAAUUUUAUCAGACAAAGGACAGCUGGACUGGAAGAAGAUGUAUUUUAAACUUGUGCGCUGUUACCCGCGGAAAGAGCAGUACGGAGACACCCUUCAGCUCUGCAGACACUGUCACAUUCUUUCCUGGAAGGGCACUGACCACCCGUGCACAGCCAAUAACCCAGAGAGCUGCUCCGUUUCCCUCUCACCCCAGGACUUUAUCAACUUGUUCAAGUUCUGAAUCCCAGCUCGGGACAACACUUCGAAGGGCUCCCCAGUUGAUUGGAUGGUUGGGAAUACGGAGCUUGGACACUUCCUUUGUAAAUAGUGUACAUUUGAAACGCUGGCUCAGAACUUGUGAGCUAAGUCUCUGAGAGGACGUUGGAAGGGGAGACAGAUGCAGCUGCCGGCUGGGAGUCUCAGAAUACGGCCUUCUCGUUAGAACCGGUAUGGGAAAGUGGAAAUACUGUCCGCAAGCUGUUUUCCUAACUAUUUGCCGGCAAGACUGUAAGGGCAGGGAUUCAGUUUCGUCGGUGAAAAUGGAAUUCUCGUGUUCCCUGAGACUCCUUGGUAGUUCCCUAGGGAUGUGGAAAAGAAGGGCAGAACUCGAAUUCAAGAUAGAACACUCUGUUUACAAUGUGAAAAUUUGCUUUUUAAAGAAAGAGAAGAGGAUGACAUACGCAAAAUCCCUGCGCUUCAGUUUCGAUGGGGUGGGGGGUUGUUUUAAAAAGGCAAAGGAAGCACCUCCCAUCUUAAACCCACGUGGGCAUAGGGCCUUGUCUUCUAAAUAUCACACAAUACUCUACCUCGGAAAGUACGCAGCACCCUCCGACAAAGUGCAUUGUCCCGCAGGCAGUGUCUGUUUUUCUUGGUUUUUCCUCCCGGAAAAGUGGUUUCGAUAGGAAGGGGUCCGGGAGGCAAUCCUCAUCACCUUGCAGACCUCCUUUUUACGGGAAUAGGCACUCCUUGGCAUUGACUCCUUUCUAGAACAACUCCACAGCACAUUAGCCUUUUUUUUUUUUUUUCCUUUCGUGUUGUAGCUCAUUCAGGGGCAACAUAGGGCCGAUUAAAAACAGCCCCAGAGGAAGAAGUCCCACCGCAGAAAAGAUAGAAGGAGUCACCCAAUAGCUGUGAAGACUUUGUUAUUCCUGUUAAACUUCUCGGCUUGUCUGGGCUUCCUAGAAUAUCUUCACAGAUAAGCGUUCAUCUGUGGACUUCUGGGAGCCGGAGUGCUGAUAAAGGCUUGUAAAACAGGUUUGACGUAUCAGUUAGACAUUUUAGUAGCUGCUGUCCCUCCUGGCAGUGAUGAGCAGAGGAGCUUUCUUUUCUUUAUGUUCAACACCAAAAUUUACUCAGCCCAAGCUAUAGGACUUCCUGCGAGGAUGACAAGAUAAAACCUGGAGUUCCGAUCCUACGGAACAGAAGUACUGUGUGUUCAUCCUAAACUUGCUCCAUACCCCUGGGGAUCUUGCUAGGCAAAUACCAGCAGGUGACCGUGUGGAAGACAGGAAAUCUCAGGACUUCAUGAGUUCAUUGUCAAAUAUUCCUGGGAUGGGGUGGGGGAUGUUUUUGUUUUUUACUUUUUAUAGAACUUUGCUUUUCUACAACAAUGUACAUAUUUUGGCAGUUGUAUUUGCUUUGUGCUUUUUUUCCUCUUUUGCAAAUAAAGUUGCCACCCUGCA